GCUCAAGAGAACCAAAGACGCGUUGCUUUUCUGUCCACUAGGGGGCUACUUGUAGAAGACUGGGGAAAACAGCUUAAAAAAAUAUGCUGCUGAAAUUUCAGUAAGAGGGGAAAAGAGAGAGCUUGUGAGAGACAGCAGAGCGGUCCCAGACUUCCUCAUCUCGUUCACGUCAGAGGCAGGAACGGACUGUGCUAAGGCUGUUGGCUCAACACGCAGAGACAGAGCCGAACAGCCUCAGAGACAGGGAAAGAAGAAGACCUCCCUAACCCAAGAAAUUACCACGAGUGGAGUAAAGCCAUCUGACUUUUUGGUCUUAUUUUGGUUGCCUCUUCUCUCCUUCUACUGGUAGACCUACCUACCAGCUGCCGUUUCGUUUCUUUCGUGAAGCCUUCUCUCUGCCUCUCAGUAAAAAGAGGAAGGGAAGAGAGGGAGAGAGGUGGGCGCUCUAGGUGAGCGCAUCAGCUGGCUCCAGCUCGAACAGACAAGAAUUCUCUGCCUAGGAAGCUGCUCUCGCUCUCCGGCUACCCACCCCCCAACCUGGGUGCCUGCAUUCAUUGCUCAGAGGUCGGAUCUCAUCUGGAGUUAGACUCACAGAGCACGUGGUCAAGAGAAAUCAUCAGAGAGGACGACAUCACGAGGUACUGUGUGCUGUGGACCUUUUCCUAUCCAUCAUGCCAAUGGCCAGUUUAAGGCUUUCAGUAGGAAUUGCAUAUUCCCCGGGACCCGAGACCUUUUGUCACUGAAACAACAACCUUGGGGAUACUCUCCAUGAAAUGAGUUGGCCAACAGCGUCAACUCCUCUGGGCUUCACACGGUCCCUGAAAUCACUCGAGAAAACAGAUUCCUAUAACUCCAUGUUGGCUACUACCAAAAGCUCUUGAACCAAGCUCUGGCUAAGAAGAUGGGGAUCGAAGGGGAAACAGUAGUCUUGAAGAACAUGCUCAUUGGUGUAAACCUGAUCCUGUUGGGAUCCAUGCUCAAGCCUUCUGAAUGCCGGCUGGAAGUGACUACAGAAAGGGUCCAGAGACAAACUGUGGAGGAGGAAGGAGGGGCUUCCAGCUACAACACAUCCAGCAAGGAACAGCCUAUGGUCUUUAACCAUGUGUAUAACAUCAACGUGCCACUCGAAAGCCUCUGCUCCUCGGGGCUGGAGGCCUCAGCUGAGCAGGACGUGAGUGCCGAAGAUGAUACUCUGGCAGAAUACACAGGCCAAACCUCAGACCAUGAAAGCCAGGUCACCUUCACCCACAAGAUCAACCUCCCCAAAAAAGCCUGCCCAUGUGCAAGCUCUGCCCAGGUACUGCAGGAACUGUUGAGCCGAAUCGAGAUGCUGGAGAGGGAGGUGUCAGUGCUGCGAGACCAGUGCAACACCAACUGCUGUCAGGAAAGUGCUGCCACAGGACAACUGGACUAUGUCCCUCACUGCAGCGGCCAUGGCAACUUUAGCUUCGAGUCCUGUGGCUGCAUCUGCAAUGAAGGCUGGUUUGGCAAGAACUGCUCAGAGCCCUACUGCCCAUUGGGCUGCUCCAGUCGGGGUGUAUGUGUCGAUGGCCAGUGCAUUUGUGACAGUGAAUACAGCGGAGAUGACUGUUCAGAGCUCCGGUGCCCAACAGACUGCAGUUCCCGAGGGCUCUGUGUGGAUGGGGAAUGUGUCUGUGAAGAGCCCUACACAGGCGAGGACUGCAGGGAGCUGCGUUGCCCUGGGGACUGUUCAGGGAAGGGGCAAUGUGCCAAUGGUACCUGCCUGUGCCAAGAGGGCUAUGCUGGUGAGGACUGCAGUCAGCGACGGUGUCUGAAUGCUUGCAGUGGGCGAGGUCACUGCCAGGAGGGGCUCUGCAUCUGUGAGGAGGGCUACCAGGGCCCUGACUGCUCAGCAGUUACCCCUCCAGAGGACUUGCGAGUGGCUGGUAUCAGCGACAGGUCCAUUGAGCUGGAAUGGGACGGGCCGAUGGCAGUGACGGAAUAUGUGAUCUCUUACCAGCCGACGGCCCUGGGGGGCCUUCAGCUCCAGCAGCGGGUGCCUGGAGAUUGGAGUGGUGUCACCAUCACGGAGCUGGAGCCAGGUCUCACCUACAACAUCAGCGUCUACGCUGUCAUUAGCAACAUCCUCAGCCUUCCCAUCACUGCCAAGGUGGCCACUCAUCUUUCUACUCCUCAAGGGCUACAGUUCAAGACGAUCACAGAGACCACCGUGGAAGUGCAGUGGGAGCCCUUCUCUUUCUCCUUCGAUGGGUGGGAGAUCAGCUUCACUCCAAAGAACAAUGAAGGAGGGGUGAUAGCUCAGCUCCCCAGCGAUGUUACGUCCUUUAACCAAACGGGACUGAAACCUGGGGAGGAGUACAUUGUGAAUGUUGUAGCACUAAAGGAACAAGCCCGGAGCCCUCCGACCUCUGCCAGCGUCUCCACUGUCAUUGACGGGCCCACACAGAUCCUGGUUCGAGAUGUCUCUGAUACUGUGGCCUUUGUGGAAUGGACCCCACCUCGAGCCAAAGUUGAUUUCAUUCUAUUAAAAUAUGGCUUGGUGGGUGGCGAAGGUGGGAAGACUACCUUCCGGCUGCAGCCUCCCCUUAGCCAGUACUCAGUGCAAGCCCUUAGACCUGGCUCCCGCUACGAGGUGUCCAUCAGCGCAGUCCGGGGGACCAAUGAAAGUGAUGCCUCAAGCACCCAGUUUACAACAGAAAUUGAUGCUCCCAAGAAUUUGCGAGUGGGUUCCCGGACAGCAACUAGCCUUGACCUCGAAUGGGAUAACAGCGAGGCUGAAGCUCAGGAGUACAAGGUUGUGUACAGCACCCUAGCCGGGGAGCAGUACCAUGAAGUGCUGGUACCCAAAGGCAUUGGUCCAACUACCAAGACUACCCUCACAGAUCUGGUUCCAGGCACAGAAUAUGGAGUUGGAAUAUCUGCGGUAAUGAACUCGAAACAAAGCAUUCCCGCUACCAUGAAUGCCAGGACUGAGCUUGACAGUCCCCGAGACCUCAUGGUAACAGCCUCCUCAGAGACCUCUAUCUCUCUCAUCUGGACGAAGGCCAGUGGUCCUAUUGAUCACUAUCGAAUUACUUUUACUCCAUCUUCUGGGAUCUCCUCAGAAGUCACUGUGCCUAGGGAUAGGACUUCAUAUACACUGACAGAUCUAGAGCCUGGAGCAGAAUACAUCAUCUCCAUUACUGCUGAGAGGGGUCGGCAGCAGAGCCUGGAGUCUACUGUGGAUGCCUUCACAGGCUUCCGCCCUAUCUCCCACUUGCACUUUUCUCAUGUGACCUCCUCCAGUGUCAACAUCACCUGGAGUGACCCAUCUCCCCCAGCAGACAGACUCAUUCUGAACUACAGCCCCAGGGAUGAAGAGGAGGAGAUGAUGGAGGUUCUCUUGGAUGCCACCAAGAGGCACGCCGUCCUAAUGGGUCUACAGCCAGCCACUGAAUAUAUAGUGAAUCUCGUAGCUGUCCAUGGGACAGUAACCUCUGAACCCAUAGUGGGUUCUAUCACUACAGGAAUUGAUCCUCCCAAAAACAUCACAAUUAGCAACGUGACUAAGGACUCCCUGACAGUUUCCUGGAGCCCUCCUGUUGCGCCUUUUGAUUACUACCGAGUAUCCUAUCGACCCACCCAAGUGGGACGGCUGGACAGCUCUGUCGUGCCCAACACUGUGACAGAGUUCACAAUCACCAGGCUCUAUCCAGCUACUGAAUAUGAAAUAAGCCUCAACAGUGUACGCGGCAGGGAGGAGAGUGAACGCAUCUGCACCCUGGUGCACACAGCCAUGGAUAGCCCCAUGGAUCUAAUUGCUACCAACAUCACGCCAACAGAAGCCCUGCUCCAGUGGAAGGCACCCAUGGGUGAAGUGGAAAAUUAUGUCAUUGUCCUCACCCACUUUGCCAUGGCUGGAGAGACCAUCCUGGUUGAUGGGGUCAGUGAAGAAUUCCAGCUUGUAGACCUGCUUCCUAGGACCCACUACACUGUCACCAUGUAUGCUACCAGUGGACCUCUCGUGAGUGGCACCAUCGCCACCAACUUCUCCACCCUCCUGGACCCUCCCGCCAACCUGACAGCCAGUGAAGUCACCAGGCAAAGCGCACUGAUCUCCUGGCAGCCACCCAGAGCUGCGAUUGAAAACUAUGUCUUGACAUACAAGUCCACCGAUGGAAGCCGCAAGGAGCUGAUUGUGGAUGCUGAGGACACCUGGAUCCGACUGGAGGGCCUGUCGGAGAACACAGACUACACAGUGCUCCUGCAGGCAGCUCAGGAGGCCACAAGGAGCAGCCUCACCUCUACUAUCUUUACCACAGGGGGCCGGGUGUUCUCUCAUCCUCAAGACUGUGCCCAGCACUUGAUGAAUGGAGACACUCUGAGUGGAGUUUACACCAUCUUCCUCAAUGGGGAGUUAAGCCACAAGUUGCAAGUAUACUGCGAUAUGACCACAGAUGGGGGCGGCUGGAUUGUUUUCCAGAGACGGCAAAAUGGCCAAACUGAUUUUUUCCGGAAAUGGGCAGAUUACCGUGUUGGCUUUGGGAAUCUGGAGGAUGAGUUUUGGCUAGGGCUAGACAACAUCCACAGGAUAACAGCCCAGGGCCGCUAUGAGCUGCGUGUGGAUAUGCGGGAUGGACAGGAGGCCGUCUUUGCCUACUAUGACAAGUUCGCUGUGGAGGACAGCAGAAGCCUGUACAAGCUCCGUAUAGGAGGCUACAAUGGCACUGCAGGAGACUCCCUUAGCUAUCACCAGGGACGUCCUUUCUCCACUGAGGACAGAGACAAUGAUGUUGCAGUCACCAACUGUGCCAUGUCAUACAAGGGUGCUUGGUGGUAUAAGAACUGCCACCGGACCAACCUCAACGGGAAGUAUGGGGAGUCCAGGCACAGUCAGGGGAUCAACUGGUACCAUUGGAAAGGCCAUGAAUUCUCCAUCCCCUUUGUAGAAAUGAAGAUGAGGCCCUACAUCCAUCGUCUCACAGCCGGGAGGAAACGGCGAGCCUUGAAAUUCUGAGCACUGGGCAGCCAGCCAUCAGCCAAACGAUCUUUUCUGUCAUUUGUUUGUAUUUUAUAAUAUGAGACAAGGGGGGAGGGGCAACAGUAAUGUGCUUCACAACAUAUUCAGACUAUCUGAAGGAAGCAGGAAUCAGUUAGGUACCAUCUGCUCCUAAUUUCUGCUGCCUUGGAGCCUGACUCUCAGGCUACAUGCUCCCUGCUAACCAGUCCUGCCUGAUCACCCCCCUCUUUUCUCACACAGGAGGAAAACUGGGGAGUUAAAACAAAAACAGGCCAUGAAGUACAGAUUAUUAUGGUGAUGGGCACACACACAAUUUUCUCUGCUCCCUCUUCUGAGAUACUAUCCAACUUCUAAGAAAUAGUAAUCUGGUCACCGCUGACCAUGACCAGGUGACCACACUAUCCCAGAGAAGAUUCAACAAGAAAGCUUAGCCAAUCUUCUCUUAAGAGGAAAGAUACCCACCACACUCUGGCACAACAGCCCAAGUUCACUUCAAUGGGCUAAAGAUUCUCCCAUUCUGACACUUAACUUUUAGGAAGAGUGGCCUCUCUUCCAGCCCCCGCCCCUCCACUAGAUCCUAUAGACCUACCAACCCAACUAUUGUUUAGAACUCCAGUUACCAAAGCUUGUCUGAUCCUGGCCCUGGAUCACAUAAGAGCUGUGCCCUGAGUGUCAUAAGCUAUUGUCAUGGAAUAACUUUCUUUGGUGGUGAGACUUGGGGAAGGGAAUUGUUUCUAGCACAUUUGCACCAGGCAUUGACAAAGGACAGGAGUAGAAAUGAAGGCACCUACCAGGGAGUCCGUAGGUCCCAUUGGAAUCUGACCUUGUUUAGUGCUACUUCGUACAUUUAUGAUCUGAUUUACCAUGGACUCCUUUCUCUGAUUCCUAGCUGAAGGUCUCUAGUUCUUUAUCCAGCCAGGCUCUCCUCAGUGGAAGUGGCUUCAUAAGAAUCAGGGGGGAAAUUUGUCUGAGCCAUUCCCCUGACUGAUUACCCUGGGAGGAGACAGAAUAUUUGUCCAGGACUUUUGUUUGUUUGCUUUGAUCCUGUAGUAAACAGAACUGACCCCCUCAAUGAGGUGAGAUCAUGAGAAACAUUUUCCAUCUCCCUCUGUUAUCCUGCUUUGAGAAGAAAAAUGAAAAGUGCCAGAGGAAAUUGCAUUUAGAACUCCAAAGGUGAGAGGAGUGAUCUCCCCGCCCCCCACAUGAUUUGAUUUUUAAGCCCUGGAGAACUGGAGGCUAUAGAAGCCAUGACCUUUCAGCUUCUCCUCAAAUAAAAAACAAGCCAGUCUUCCCUGCAGCAAACUCUGCCAAGCUUCUCAACUGCCUUCUCCCUGUCUUUCUGUCCGCUCCCAUCUCUGAGGACCCAGUGUGUGCUAUAGGGCCUGUGGCUACCAUCUAGGGUGUCUUAUACCUGUGCCAACCAUUUCCUGAACAAGUUGGCAUCUUGAAAUAGAAAUAGCUACCAUUUAAUCAAACUUUGAGCAAGAAGCAAUAGUCCUCCUGGGCUGAUGAUCACCUGCUUAGCAUCAUGACAUUGGAGUUAGCUUGCCAUUUUCUGUAACCUCCCCCAUUUUUGUGAUGCAGACCCAGUGACCUAUUCAAGGCCAAAAACGCAGAUGGAGUUUUCACUUUUUAAUCCAUCAUGGACUUCAAACAGCUAAGAGAGGGAGGAAGAAAGGGAAGCCUAUAGGUUAUAUAAAAUUUAACUAGAUGUAGGCCAACCAUGCAGAACCAGAGGUAAGCGCUUUCAAAGGACUUGAGGGCUGUGAUACAGGGCCACCUCAGACACCAUGACAGCUACAAGUCCUUGAUGGAUUUGUUCAAAUCUCUGGGACUCGGUUUCCUCACCUAGUUGAAUUAGAGUUUAGACCAAAAGAAUUUCUAAUGCUCCUUUAGGUUUAACAGUCAAUAAUGUUUAUCUGUGAUAGGAAAGCAGAAUCAAAGUUGGCCUUGGUGAGCCAUCAUAAUUAAGGAAAAGCCAGAAUCUUUGUGAAGGAGAUGGGGAAAGGGAAGGAAAGAAAGAAGGGAGGAAAGAGACUGACUCAGAACUCUCUGUGUCUCUCAUACACACACACACACACACACACACACACACACACACACACACACACACACCCCAAAAACAAUGCUAAAAGAAGCUGAAGUCAUUAUGUCUACAAAAGCAGAGCCAAGGACCUGGGUGUGGCUGAACAGCCCACCUCAUCAAGGGAGCCGAAAUGGAACAAAAUUUUGUAGUCAUCACUUCCAGGAAAAAAAAAAAUCAAGAAAUAUCAAUGGAAAUCCAAACUUGCUUUUCAGUGGAACUAUUGUAUCCUGUGGAACAUUUUUAUAAAUAGUAUUGGCUGCAUCGCCUAGAUUCAUUUAAAGGAAUUUUAAAGUAAGGCAGAGACUUCAAAGAUCAGCUCAUCCACCCUUCUGUAAAAGGGUUUAGAGAUCCCUUUUGUUCAGUAGAGUGAGUCCCCUGAAAACUCUAUGUUUUGGAGAAACUGUCUUCUCAAGAUCAUGGGGAGCUUAACUCAAAGCUUCUGAACUUGACUGGCUUAACUUCUUCACUGGGUUUCUUAACUGACUCCAUUUUUUAAUCGUCUCCUUCCCACACCUGGUUUUGUCGCUGAGGACUUGGUGCAGACAGCAUUACUUAGCACCCAUCCUAAUCACCCAAGAUUCCCAGAAGGGACUCAAAAUGACUGGAAGGAGGCCUGUCAAGAAAGUGGUACAACUGCAGACUUAGGCAAAAACCCGAACAAUAAGAAAAACAGUAACAACCAGUCACCAGAGACUGCCAUGAAUUCACUGCCUAGAAUCAAGAGCCAGGCCACUCCUCUUUGUGUGCCCCAUCACAGAAAGAUGGUUUCUAUACUAAAUUCUUAUUUUUCCCAGGGCUACUUCUGGAAGGUGAAGACAUUAAUUGUGAAAACUCUUUUUAGGGAUGACAACCAUAUAUGAAGUGUUGGCCUUCAAACACGACUUAAUGAGUAAAGGGGGACUUGGUAAGAGGAGCAAAGUGGUCCUCACAACUCCCAGAUGCCCACUGAAUAACUUAUGAGAAAUAGGGCAGGAAGCAGCAUAGUUCUUACAGUUCUGGUAACUUCAGACCAAACCAGGACCCAGAACCCAUUUAUACAGGAGUCUGAUUUAUAAAAGAACAGCAACAUGGCAGCAAAGAGAGCUCCCACAGAUAUUUAAAUGUCCCCUUCUCCCAGUUACUAACACCCAAUCUCUAAAGAGGUAAGGUUCAUCCCAAAUAAUCCUGUUGCCUUCCACUGGGGAGCCAAUCGGCUCUUCCUAGAUAGAAAACUCUCAUUUCAAAGGCAAAUUUAAAGGACCAAGUUUGCCUUGCCAGUGAGCUUGAUGCCUAUACAAACUCUCCCAAACACAUCUUUACCUUUAAAAUCUAGUAUCAGGACAGAGUUAUAGAUUAUGGAAUAAGAGGUCAUUAUAGAAUCUUUUCAAUUAGCUUUUUCAAAGUAUCCAUUGAGAAAGGUUUGAUGAGUUCCCCUUGGUCCUUCCCUCUAGAGAAAGAAAAAUGGGAUUUAUGAGAGUCAUGGACAUUUUAAAAACACCCGGGGGGCCAUGGCCUUUUCUUUUUCUUCCCCUUAGGAUUUCUGGAGGAGGGGAAAGCACUUCCCCAGGAUACAGACUUUUCUAUCUAUUGCCUGAUAAUCACCGAACUCCUAUUGGAUCUAACUCCUUGGUUGCAUUUCUGUCCCUCUGAAGAGGGAGAGGGGAGGUCAUUUUCACCUCGAUUUACAGCCUACUGUUCACUCUGAAAUACCCACAAGAAGGCCUAAUAUCCAAUAAGUCCUGGAGGAGGUGAGAUAAUGCUUAGCUUACCUCGAACUUGCUAAGGCUACACAAAGAUGCUUGGUUCUCAUCCAUCCUCCCUGGGUGGUCUCUUUCAUUCUUAUAACAAAGCAGUGAAGGUUCUCUCCUCUGGGGAAAAGGGGACAGAGCUGGCUUCCGGGCUGAGGCUUGUAGCUUCUCUUAUCCCACUGGGUCCUCAGAACAAAUUUCUGAAGUUCCUUGGCUAACUGCUUCCCUCUAAGCCUUUGCUUCUUCCGCAGCCCAACUCUCCCAUAUGCAGCUUUCCUGAUUACAGCAUUUUGGCAUUGCCAGGCAAUAUAAGAACUCACAGAAUGAAUGAAAGCUACUCAAAUUGUAGAGGGAAAACAACUCCGAUAGGAAGAGACAUCACCGGGAGUAGGGGAGGUUUCUGUUUUCAGAGGAUUGUGUGUUGGUGCAGAUGAGGGUCCCUUUGGAAAAGGUAGCUUUGGUUCAUCCUAACUAAAUCCACGCUGGAUUUAGUUAAACCAGUUUUGUCUCCUUCGAGAUCUGAGAAAAUAGCUAGGAAGAGAAAAAAAGUAAGUUAAAUAAAAGAAGCUGAUGGAAUCUUAUAAAAUAAAAGCAAACCUUAGAGAUGGUCCCACAAUGGAAACACAGAAACCACGUGAGUGACUAAGGUAAGGGCAUCAGCAUUGGCUUCUCAAAUUCAGGCCUUAAAUAAAGCACCCAUAGAUUCGCCCCUUCACCUGAGAUAGGGGGCCUUACUGCGCAGAUGCAAACGCAGACGCAAACGCAGACGCAGACGUAAGAAGAGGGAGGGCUUUCUUUGCUGCUCGACCAAUGUUGCCUCAACCUCUCUUCCGUUCCCAGCUAGCACAGCCUGGUUUGUCAUCUCAAGUAGUUCUGAUUUAUUUUUUAAGGUCACUCUUCACCCAAAACAUGACUUCAUUGCACCUGCAGCAUUUCAUUGUCCAAGUGUCCUUGGCAAACCUCACAGCAGCCUUUGGACAGUGUUAUGUUUUUUCCCAAACAGGAAAUCCUCACUCCUUCCACAGCUUAAGAAGACUGUUGCAGGAUAUACAUUCAACCAGAUCCUUGUUCCUAUUAACUUAAUAGAACAUCUCCUAUUAUCUGAGCGGUAAGACUAGGUUAAAGCUCAAUUUCUAACUUGGAAAUAUUGAAUCCUUUCAACUCCCCACCUUGACACUCUUCUGGGUACGGUCAUUGGCUAGUUGCUACCAUGGGCUCUGAGAGAAAAAGAAUCUUUGAGAUAUAGGCACACUAUACUCAGGAAUACUAGGCCACCCAGGAUGGGGUUAGUGUUGCAGGGCAAACAAAUGGAUAAGAACUGUUUUGUUUUGUUUUUCCUUGUCAAUGUUUUUACAACCCACAGAGAAACCUGUAGCCUUUAAACAAUCUGUCAUUGAACACUAAUAUACUCAACCAGGUCUCCUAGGAAAACAUUAAAGAACACUCCUUCGGAGCCAAAGGAAAUUCUAGAGAUCAGCUAGCAUGACCCUCCCGUGUCAUAUCAAGGAAAGCACAGCUGAACUAGGCAGGCAGCUUGCUCGACUUCACACAGCCAAUUAGACAUAAAAGUGGGGUAGCCUAGCACAUUUUUAAAAAAUUCUGUCUCUCCUAAUACAGACUGAGAAAAGCAGUAUUUAUUGUACACCUAUUGAUCGGAUUCUGUGCGAAGGGCUCCACAUCAAUUACUUUAUUGAACCCUCAUCCCAAUCCAGAGUAAGUUUUAAUCAUUUUCUAGAAGAGGGAAAGGAAAGCACAGGAUUGUUAAAUAACACGUCUGAAGUCGCACGGUUUCUGAGGAGUACCACUCACUGUCUCUGUCUAAUACAAGCAGCCUUAGUUUUUCCAGUUUGUAAAACUGCUGUCACCUUGACCAGGUGGCCGCCAUCUUGAACCUCACUACCAUUCUCGUGAUGUUUCUAACUCCAUCCACCUCUCCUUUUCCUUCUAACAAGUGGAAAAUUUUUGCUUUUUCUUCCUGCUAUGCAGCUGAGGGUCCAAGGACCCUCAACCCCAAUUGUCAGUAGUAGUAAGAAAUAGCCCAGAAGCAAUUCUUUUUUUCUUUCUGUUUAAAGUUUUGAAGAUGGUGUCAGAACACAAACAUGACUUCCCACGCCAGGGCUGCUUCUCUUUUCUAACACAGACCCCUUUCCAAACUAGAACAAGAGACAACAAAGAUCAAGGAAGAAGAGACCAUGGGAUAACACUGUGUAAGUGCCUCGGGAAUCAGUUUAACCCUAGAAUUUUCAAAGGAAAAGUUAUCAAUGUGUUCACACAAAUAGCAGAAAGUGCAAAUAUCCUGUAAAUUUCUAGAUUAAAAUCAUCAGAUUGCAGGAAAAAAAAUCACACAACCCCUUCCCAGAUCCCAGGGUUCCCUGAAGGAACAUGACACUACAUUCAUAAAGACUGGAGCUACAAGAAGUCAGGAGAGUUCUCUGUGUUUAUUUUCUCAUUUCCUUUCUCCCACUCCUUACCCAUCUCUCAUCUCAGUAAGAGAGAAGUUUAGGAGAACAAUUUGUCACAAUCCUGACUAGCUUUGCUACGUGAGAAUAUUUAGAAAAAUGUCAGAAACUUGGUGGCUUCAACUAUCAGACAACUCCCAACACUGAGCCCUGUUUCCCUCGUUUAGACACAUAUGUUAAAAGGACUAGGUCCUCCCAAGAGCGAAUUCAGUUCCCCUCAAAUGGUAACUUCUCUGGAACACCUCAGACACUAAAUACGGCAAGCACAGCAGCUCCUGCAAGACUGUCUCUCAGCAGAGUCGUCCCAUGCUACCUCCUUUCUUCACUAUCCCCCUUCAAGGCAUAGGGACGCUGCAGAGACUCACAAAGGUCAGAAUCUGUAAGAGUCUAGUCCUUCCUGCUUCUAUUUAAUAUACACGCUCUUCCCUCCUAUAUUUAAACACACACACACACACACACACACACACACACACACACACACACACACACUAACCCCAAACACCCUCAAGCCUAUAGGAAUUUCCAGGUGCCCAGAACAAGUCACUGUGACUCUGAGGGGUUUUAUGGCCUGGGGUUCCAAGCAGAUGACACUCAUCCUGGUGGUCUCUCAAUUGCCAUCCUGAGAAAUCAUAAGCACCAAAUCCUCCAUUCCCUCCGAAUUUGAAUUUGUGGUUUUAACCUUUAAUAGCCUUUUUGGGUAAAAUAACAAAGACGAACGAAUUUACUGACUUUGUAGCUACACUGUUCUUGAAAAGGCUCUUUUUUUAGCAAAGGCCAAAAGGAAGAAGAAGAGAAGUGGUAUGUGGUAUAUGCUCGUCAGGUGGUGCACAUUCUGAUGAAAUCAAAUCAAAAGCUAUAGAGGAAUGAAGAAGGAGAGCCAACUUGCCCCAUCCUUUCAUGGCACUGUAGCUCAAAGACUGGAAUCUGCUUGUUAACCAUUGUUAACUAGUAUUUUUAGUCCCGGUUGCUUUUAGCCUCUGUAUAGUUCCUUUUUUAAACACAUUUUCUAUACGUUAAUAAAAGAUCCUGAAGGAAA